ACCCCCUCGCCUCGCCUCUCCCCUCCCCAAACCCUACACCUCGCCCCGCCGGGGCUUCGCCGUCCCCGCCGCCCAGCCCCAUCGCGCCGCCCCGGCCCGGCCACGCGGACCACGACCGCCUCCCCACCGAACGGAACCGCGCCGUGCUGCUGGUCGCGCGGACGGCCACUCCCCACUCGGCGCCGCCCCGCCGCCGCCGCCUUUGAUGUCUCCCACCUGCGACCUCGGCUUCCUCUGGCCCCGGUCGCAGAAGAGCUCCCAAGAGGUUCCCCGAGCGGCCACUUCCGGCGCCCAGAGAUUGGCCUCCCCACCGCAGCCGAGAUGAGUGGAGGCGGCGGCAGCGGCGACAAGAUGUUGCUGUUCGGGUCCUUUACAGAGGAUGAGACGAAGUUGUUCCAGGGGCAGCCUCUCAAAAGUCCGACUAAAAGUGUGACCAAAUCAUGGGAACAUCCAGAGAUCCAGUUUGGCUCGCUGAACUUUUCAGUUCUGAGUCUGCAGAAAGCAUCAAGUCCUAUUGCUAAAGGUGUUGUUCUUCCUGCAAAAUCAGCAGAUGCUCAGAGCAGUGUCAUUACAAGGAAGAAUUCAUGCAGUAAUAAAAAGGAAGCUAUAGGACCUAGCUUUCCAAAUGGUGGACCAGUUCUGGCUAAUGGAUGCCCCCCUGUGAAUGUUUCUCCUAACAAUGGUGUAUUAGAGAAUGUGAGGAAGAAGGAGGCUGUUGUUCCUCCAGCUAUGCCUGUUGUGCCUCCAGUUGUUACUGCCAAAAGCAUCAGCAAUGAAACACCACAUGCAGUGCCAGAGGUGGACAAGAACGGCACCAAAUCUACUCAAGACAGAAAGUUAGACAAGGUAAAGGAAAUAACUGAAAAUGGAAGCCCAAUUUUUGAUACACCUAUUGUUUCAGCUCCAGCAGAUGAGGCGGUCACAAGCUUAAACAAGAAAGCCUCUCAGAACAUGCCCUUGCUUCCUCAUGGUUUGAGGAACACAGGAAAUAUUUGCUUCUUGAAUGCAACUUUGCAGGCGUUGCUUUCAUGCUCGCCUUUUGUCCACCUUUUACAGGAUUUGAGAAACCGAAGUAUACCUAAGGUUGGCUACCCAACUCUGAGUGCAUUUGUUGAGUUCCUCUCUCAAUUUGAUGUGCUUGAUGAGUCAAUUAUGAAGAAAAAUGAGAAGGCUGUUACAGUUGCGGCAAAACCACUUAAUCCUGCCAUGUUCGAUACUGUUCUGAGAAACUUUACACCAGAUGUGCAUGCUGGAACAUCUGCUCGGCCAAGGCAAGAAGAUGCUCAAGAAUUUUUAAGUUUUGCCAUGAAUAGAAUGCAUGAUGAACUGCUGAAGCUUAAUGGCAAUGGUUCGAAUUCAAAGGAGGGUAUGGUUGUUUCUUCUGCUGAUGAUGAUGCUUGGGAGACCGUUGGACGAAAGAACAAAUCUGCAAUAGUUAGAACUCAGAGUUUUGUUCCAUCUGAACUAAGUGCUAUUUUUGGGGGGCAACUACAGAGUGUUGUUAAAGCUGCAGGUAACAAAGCAUCAGCUACAGUUGAGCCCUUCCUACUUCUCCAUCUUGAUAUAUUCCCAGAUGCUGUUCAGACACUGAACGAUGCACUUCAUCUUUUCUCUGCUCCUGAGUCUUUAGAAGGAUACAGAACAGCUGCUGGAAAGGCUGGUGUUGUGACGGCUAGAAAAUCAUUCAAGAUACAGACGCUUUCAAAGAUAAUGAUACUGCACCUGAAGAGGUUCAGUUAUGGAAAUCAUGGGAGCACUAAACUUUAUAAGCCACUCCACUUCCCUCUCCAGCUGGUUCUUAGUCGUGAACUGCUGAGCUCGCCAGUGUCAGAGGGUAGAAAAUAUGAACUUGUUGCGACCAUAACUCAUCAUGGGAGAGACCCAUACAGGGGGCACUACACUGCUCAUGCAAAGCAUGCCAAUGGCCAGUGGCUUCGGUUUGACGAUGAUGCCGUCGCCCCCGUGGGCCAGAAUGAGGUCUUGCAUGACCAAGCAUAUAUCCUGUUCUACCAGCAAGUCUGAAAGUACUACGCAGUUGAUUAGUAGCCCUUAUUGCUGCUGCUUAAACAGCCAGAUAUACCAUCUAACUAUGGUACUGUUAAUGUAGCUGCUGAGGAACCGCAGAGUAUCGUGUUGAGCGCCCUGGUUGCCUGUGUUUAUUGUUUAUAUAUGCUUGGUUGCAUAGCGAGAGUGGGAUUUUUCUUCAGCCCAUUUUGAGGUCCUGUAAAAUUCAACCGCGUAUCAUUGUAAUGAUCAGCAAACUAAUCAUGGGAUGUUAAUCAUGGUCACCCCUGUCGCCAACAACUGCUCGAAAUGGUUGUGCA